CGCCGCUUCGGCGUCGGCGUGGCGGCGUGCCAACACUACUGAGCGUGCGAACUGCGGAGAGUAACAGUAAUUGUGGCCCGGAGUUGUACAGCGCACCGUGUGCCUGUCAUUGUCGGCUGUGACGCUGCACAGCAGUGGCAGCCACUCGUGGUGCCAGCAGUCACGCGCGCAGCGAUGGCUCUCCCGACGGGUAGCCCGGUAACGCUGGAGCUCCGCCGCCGAAGAGGCGACGGCGCUGCAAAAAUCAUCCACGACGUCGCGGACGGCUGCGCGCGGUGCGUCGACCUGCACGUGGCCGGCGCGGUCCUCGUGGCGGCCAGGCUCGCCGGUUUUACCGCGCUGCCGUGGGCCGUCGCGGCGCUGCCCUUCUUCGCGGCGACGGGCGCGGCCUUCGCGGCGCAGGUCCGGUUCCUCCGGACGGCGGCGCAGCUGCGGCUGCGGCCGCCGGCGCCGGACGAGUUCGCCUACGGGACCGUUUCGAAUGGCGAGGGCGCGAUCCACGAGGACGCGCUGCCGCUCGCGCGGCGCGGCGCCUGCGGCGUGGCGCUGAGCGUGCCGGCCGCGGGCGUGGUCCUCGCGGCGCAGCUCUGGGCGCUGGCCGGCGUCCUGAGCGUAGAUGGUCAAAAACGAAACGACCGCCUCGCCCGGGCCUGCCUCUGCAUCUUAAGUUUAGAGACGGUCGCGGUCGCGGCGUCGAUCGUCCUGCGGGGCCGGCGCGGCUUCUCGACGGACGACCGCCAGAACGGCGGCGAGCUCGGCGCGACGCUCCACUGUUUGAGUUGGUUGAGCCUGGCGCUCGGUGUGAGGCGCCUCCGCGCGUCGGCCGCGUUCCCGCCCGCCGGCGCCGUCGACGCGUUCGCGCCGCUCUGGUGCGCCGAGGCGUUGCUGGUGGCGGCGCUCCUGCACCUGUACCUGCGCCACCGGACGGGCGUGUACAAGCUCGAGAAGGACCAGCUCGCGGGCGCCCUGCUGUACGGCGUGUCCUGCGCGCUCGCGGCCGGCGGCCAGGCGCUCUUCGUCCGGGGGCACGUACAGAUCGCCGCGGUGCUCCUGGGCCUCGCGGCCGCGGCGUUCGGCGUGCCCCUGCGCCGCGCGCUCAAGCGCCACGCGUCGCAGCUCGAGGCGUCGCGCGGCCACGAGCCGCCGCUGCCGCUGCGCCGCGACGCCGCGGGCCACUGGACGCCGACGGGCGCGCGGCCGUCGUUCUGGUUUCUGUUGGGCUCCUUCCAACGGACGCGCGUCGACCCGCCGCCGCCGCGGGUCUGCGCGAACUGCGCCGCCUGCGCCUGCGCGACGACGGCGUGCACGGCGUGCGCGGCCCUGCCGGACGAGGCGGGACUCGCGCCGGGAGGCGUGCGGACAAUGACGCCCCUCGAUGCGCAGACGCCGCCGCCGCUGAGGCCUAGGGCAGACUCUGGGCCGAUGCCGCCCGACGCCUAA